CACAAUGGGCGGCCAUGUGGUUACUAAAUGUUAGGACUUAUUUAUAGAAAGUAACGUAACGGUACUUGUAUUCAUGUGUUACUGUAUCCACAAUGAAUUCAGAUUCAUGAUUUUAGUCUUAUGUGAGAUUAAUCAAACGCUUGUAGAUACUGCCAGAAACUUCUUAUUUUCUUUUAUAUUUAAUACUGUAGAAUUUUAUUAUUGCUAGUUAUUGUCUCUAAAUCUCAUAGUAAUAGUAAUAAUACGGACUUCGUAAAGGCUAAAGCUAUGUGUCAAAACCAGAGUAUUUUAUUUUUAACCAUUUACAAUACAAGUUACAAUACACUAUAAUUUUUAGACUUUAUUAGAAUUAUUGGAGAACGUAGACGAUUUGAAUGACAAAGGUUGAACGUAUGGAGAGAAGGGUGUCUCUUCUGAAGCAAGAAAAAAAACAAAAUACAGAAUCUGUUAAAAAGGCCACUUCUGAUUUUUCAGUCAUUACAACACUAGUGUCAACUCUUUCAAAUGAAAUUGCAAAAGGAUUACAAGAAAGAAGACCACAUCCUAGUUACUGUAAAAAAGGAAGAAAAAUGAAGUACCCCUCGAAAGCAGGUUUGCCCAAGAAGAUAGAUACAUACCAAACCUCAGUGGUUGCAGAUUCGAGUUUAGCAUGGGAAGCUGGUAUGCCAGUAAACAUUGAAAACUCCUCAGGAAUAUUGGUAACAUUAUCUUCACAGUCAUCAUCAUCCGAAAAGAAGACCUUACUGACCAGUGUGACCCUGAGAGCUCAAGGAAGAAUCGGUAAGGAAAGAAUCCUCAGAACAAGUGAAUUGUAUUAUCUUCCAAUAGGAGAAAUGUUACCUACAGUCACACCAAAGGAUCGUAUCACUCAACAGGAAAUUAGAGUCCCUAGAUGGAGCUACAAACCAUUGUCAAGUGUUUAUCAGAUGGAAGGAACUGAGAACAUCGAAGAUGAAACAUUCAAUAAGAGACAUCAUAAAUAUGAACAAGAAGAAAAGAGACGGAAAAAGUGGGAUAUACAAAGGUUAAGAGAAAUGAGAAUAAUAGAAAAGCUUAGAAAAAGACAUGAAGAAAAAAAGGAAGCAAAGAAAUUAAAAUGUAAUUCUGAAAUAAAGUCAUAUUAUUCAAAGCCAAAAGAUCUUCGCUUCAUCGAGUUGUGUGAAAAACUUCCUGUUGUAGUAUUUGGGAAACCAGUUCACAGUUUUAAAGCCUGUGAAUUUUCCCUUCCUUGGCUGUCUAAUCAGGAAACACAUGAUUUGUGGAGAAAGUAUAAAAGUAGUUAUCACAGAAAUCAGAAGACGUGAGAAUCAAAGAAUAAUUGAUUUUCCCAACAAAUCACUGAAGAAAUAUUAAUUGUCUAGCUUGUCAAAGCAUUGGAACAGUUUACCAGAUAGAUCCUUAUCUAAUGUCUUCACAGAAGCUUCUGUGACCUGAGCAGUAAAAGACCACUCAAUCAAUAAGUCGCACACCAUGAUUCAUGUUCCAGAAACUGAGUUCUUGACAGUUGUGUGACACAUACACCCUGAAUAUAAUGGGGAUUUUUCUAAAGACAUUGCUGGAAUAAUGUCCUUUGCUACACGAAGAAACAGUUGUGUUUGUCUUACUGUCCAAAGCUAAAGUUAUCAGUAUUUAUGUAUCAUAGAGAUGGUUCUACCAGAAUGAAACUGAAGUUUAACAGUAAAGGGACUAACAGAUAAAGUAUCUCUAAAAAAGUGUUGUUAAGUUUGUAGAUGUAUUUUAAUUAUGAGGUUUUUAGCAUGAGUAAGGUGAAUUUGCUUAGUGGUUUCAUAUGUUUAUGUGAGAAAAAAGUGUUAUUAACAUGAAAUAAAUACAAACGAAAUAUAUAAAUAUAUAUAUAUAUAUAUUUGAUAAAAUAUAUUAUCAGAAAGUACAAUUAUUUAGAACCAGUUCAUGGUUCAAAAAUUAAAUAUGGACUUUUCUUGGGGUUUAGUAUGUUGUUGUUCAUCAUUUUGAAAACAAGAGAUUCAUUUUAAUGUUUUGUCUUUAUUUUCGUUUCAAACAUUAGUUAUUGUUUUUUUAAUUUCCCUUCAGUAAAAUAAUAAAAAUUCUAGUAAAGUGUUAAACUUGUUUAGUAAAAUAUGUAAAGACUUCCUCUCUAUGUUGGAUGUGUAGAUUUUUUGUGUUUAAAGUUACAGACAGAUAAGGACUGAGCUGAAAGGUGCUUCAUGAUGACCUAUUAUUUCACAAACCAAAAGUAGCAUAAAACUCUUUACAUAUAAAAACAUUUAACCUGAUAAGCUGUAAAGCUUUCUGACAGUUUUUGUAUACCUAAGGAGCAAAUUUAUAGCCUGCUUCCUAGACAUAGAUAAGAUAAUAAAAAACAGUAUUUCAAGAGUA